CUUCAUCAUUAUUGUGGUAGUGCAAUAGUCCAUUCUGACCUCAAGCCAAGCAGUGUUCUUCUCGAUGAUGAAAUGACUGCCCAUAUUGGUGACUUUGGGCUGGCAAAAUUCCUUUUGCAUAGCGUCCAAAAUAAUUGUACUUAUCAAUCAAGUUCAGCUGGAUUACGAGGAACUAUUGGUUAUACUCCUCCAGGUAGGCAAUUCUUUGCAAUUCUUUCACAAUGUCUAACUUGAGAAUUGCAGAAUAUGGACUGGGAAGUAAGGUUUCAACAAAAGGUGAUAUUUAUAGUUAUGGCAUUCUCUUGCUGGAGAUGAUUACAAGGAAGAGGCCUACUGAUGACAUGUUUAAAGAAGGUCUGAAUCUUCGCAAAUUUGUGGAGUCAGCUUUACCAAAUGAAGUGAGUGAAGUUGCAGAUCCAAUUCUCCUUCAAGAAGGAGGCCAAUCAAAUGACAGAAUUAUGAUAGAGUGUUUGAUUUCCAUACUUGAGAUUGGAAUUUCUUGUUCUGCUGAACUGCCAACAGAUCGGAUGGACAUCAGUGAUGCUGCCAUAGAGCAUUGUUUGAUCAGAGAUAAGUUAAAAGACAUCUGAGAAAGAAAUGCACCCUCGAGGAAUGUUCAAGAGUAUUUAACAUCAGCAAUUAAGAUGUAACAAUUUCAGCCCUUUUUUUU